AACAUUGCUUCAAAUCAUCUUCCCCAUCCAGUUAAGAAAUUAACGAUGGAGAAGGUACUAGUUUUGAUCGUUGGUGCAGGUCCAUCAGGUCUUGCUGCAGCAACAUGCCUUAGUGAGGAUGGCAUCCCGUAUCGCAUCAUCGAACGCGAGGAUUGCAGUGCUUCACUUUGGCGCAAACGCACAUAUGAUCGUCUUAAGCUCCAUCUUGCCAAGGAGUUCUGUGAGCUCCCUCACAUGUCACUUCCUAGUGAUUCCCCUAAAUACAUCACUAAGGAACAGUUUGUGAGGUAUGUUGAUGACUAUGUUGAGCGCUUCAACAUUUUCCCUAAGUAUAGAACUUCAGUUGAGUCUUGCGAGUAUGACGAAGUGAGCAACUGUUGGGACGUCAUAGCACGUGACCUGGUAAAUGGCCAAGUGAAUGAGUAUACAGCUAGGUUCUUAGUUGUAGCCACAGGUGAGAACAGUGAAGGAGUCAUUCCAAACAUCCCUGGGCUACAUGAUUUCCCUGGUGAUGUCAUACACUCGUCAAACUACAAGUCAUGGAACAACUACACCGGAAAGGGAGUCCUAGUGGUUGGAUGUGGAAACUCAGGCAUGGAAAUUGCAUAUGAUCUUGCCUCCAAUGGAGUGGAGACCUCCUUGGUUAUCCGUAGCCCGGUGCAUGUUAUGACCAAGGGUCUGAUUAACUUGGGGAUGAAGCUGCUCAAAUGGCACCUUCCUGUGAAAUUUGUGGAUUUUAUUAUUUUGACUCUUGCAAACAUCCGAUUUGGUGAUCUCUCUAAAUAUGGCAUAGUCAGGCCCGAUAUGGGGCCGCUUCUUCUCAAGGCAAAGACUGGCCGGUCAGCAGUCAUAGAUGUUGGCACAACUCAGUUAAUAAAGACUGGUGUUAUCAAGGUGCUUGGACCAAUAUCUUGCAUCAGAGGAAACACAGUGGAAUUUGAGGAUGGAAAAAAGAGUGACUUUGAUUCUCUUGUAUUCGCUACAGGAUACAGAAGCACUGCAAACACGUGGCUUAAGAAUGGUGAGAGCUUGCUGAACGAAAAUAGCAUGCCCAAGAGGGAGCUCACCAAUCCUUGGAAAGGUGAAAACGGCCUCUACUGUGUUGGGCUGGGAAUGGCAGGGCUGGCUGGUAUUUCUCGUGAUGCAAAGAGUGUUGCUGCAGACAUCAAGUCUGCGAUGAAUUCGAUGGGGCCAUUCUGAAUGGCUUCUGUCGCUUGCUGGAGUUAAUAAUAACAUACCACCAGGAGAUCGGUCAACUGCAUGCGCUCAAUCGCGUUUAUUCAAUUUCCCUAAGGUUGCUCGGAUCCAGUGUGGUGCUAGUUAAGAAUAAUGUUUGUUGGCUUGUGAACCUUUAUGUCUGUGUUCUACCGUACUGUCAUGAGUGUAUAUGAUUUGUGUUUGUUUUCCUUGAUAGGAGCUCUUUGUAUAUUUGUGUGUUUCCUAAAGGUGUGUAAUAUAUAUAAUGUUGUCAUCUGUGUUGAGUGUGUUCG